GGCCGCCCGAACGUCGGGCGCCGCGACUGCCACGAUUGUGCGGGGCGUCAAGUUUGGGUUGUGCUCAGCCAUGUUUUUCCGGGACAGUCUCCUGUCCCGGAGUACCACCUGUCAUCUUUGUGGGUGGUACUGACCCUAACCCAAGGAAUAUUAGAGGACAUUCCCCGGUCAACAUGGUUGUGUUUUCCUAUCACUCUAAGAGUUACGCUCAAGGACACCAGACGGAGUUGGAAAGGUCUCAAUGCCUCGCGGGACCUCCCAACCAAUGACUCGCCCUCGGCCCUGCCCCUCUGUCCCCGCCAUCCCCUCCCCCGCCGUGGUCCCGCCCCCGACUCGCAGCCAGCCUACUGCGACCCGCUACCGGGCGACGCCCCGCCCCUCCGUCCCCGCCCCUCCUGUCCCUCCUCAAGGAGACUCCGCCCCAUCGAUGCCCCGCCCUCGCCCCACAGCCAACCUCCCGGGCACCGUUGCCCGCCCGGGGCCCGCUACCGGCCCAGGCCCCGCCUCGCGAGUCCUCCUCCCCGGGUGCCUGCCCGCAGCCCGCCCGGCCCAGAGGGUGGGCGCGGGGCUGCCUCUACCGGCUGGCAGCGGUAACUCAGCGACCUUGGCCCGAAGGCUCUAGCAAGGACCCACCGACCCCAGCCGCGGCGGCGGCGGCGCGGACUUUGCCCGGUGUGUGGGGCGGAGCGGACUGCGUGUCCGCGGACGGGCAGCGAAGAUGUUAGCCUUCGCUGCCAGGACCGUGGACCGAUCCCAGGGCUGUGGUGUAACCUCAGCGGCCAGGCAGUCUCUGUCCUCCAGCCAAGUUUUCCCUCAUCAAAACGAUCUUCGCAGAUUCUGACAGGUGGAUUUUUUAUUACCUUUUGGCCUGACUACCUGGCACUGAGCCCAUGCAGAGAAGAAAGGAAAGAACCUUCCAGCCCAGGCAAGUGGCUGCCUCUGGCUAGGUUCUGCUCACCCACUUUGUAGCACAGUUAGGCUUAGAGAUCCAGCCAAGGCAGACAGACAGGGCCCAGAACCUCAGUCCUGCCAUGGAGGAGGACGGGCAGCAGAGAGAGAAGGUGAAGCCUCUGGGCUUCCUGAAGCCCUUCUCCUUGAUGAAGGCUUCUGGCCGCUUCAAGGCACACCAGGAUGCACUGCCACGGCUGCCCGUGCCCCCUCUCCAGCAGUCCCUGGACCACUACCUGAAGGCGCUGCAGCCCAUCGUGAGUGAGGAGGAGUGGGCCCACACCAAGCAGCUGGUGGAUGAGUUUCAGGCCUCAGGAGGUGUAGGGGAGCGCCUGCAGAAGGGGCUGGAGCGUCGGGCCAGGAAGACGGAGAACUGGCUGUCUGAGUGGUGGCUCAAGACCGCCUACCUCCAGUACCGCCAGCCUGUGGUCAUCUACUCGAGCCCAGGCGUGAUGCUGCCCAAGCAGGACUUCGUGGACCUGCAGGGUCAGCUCCGAUUUGCUGCCAAACUCAUUGAGGGUGUGUUGGAUUUCAAGGUCAUGAUUGACAACGAGACCCUGCCCGUGGAGUACCUGGGGGGGAAGCCACUGUGCAUGAACCAGUACUAUCAGAUCUUGUCCUCCUGCCGAGUGCCGGGCCCCAAGCAGGACACGGUCAGCAACUUCAGCAAGACCAAGAAGCCUCCCACGCACAUCACCGUGGUACACAACUACCAGUUUUUUGAGCUGGAUGUGUACCACAGUGACGGGACACCCCUCACUGCGGAUCAGAUCUUUGUGCAGCUGGAGAAGAUCUGGAACUCAUCCCUACAGACCAACAAGGAGCCUGUGGGCAUCCUCACCUCCAACCACCGCAACUCCUGGGCCAAGGCAUACAACACCCUCAUCAAAGACAAGGUGAACCGGGAUUCCGUGCGCUCCAUCCAGAAGAGCAUCUUCACCGUGUGCCUAGAUGCACCCACGCCCAGGGUCUCAGAAGACGUGUACCGCAGCCACGUGGCAGGCCAGAUGCUGCAUGGGGGCGGCAGCAGGCUCAACAGCGGCAACCGCUGGUUCGACAAGACGCUGCAGUUCAUCGUGGCAGAAGAUGGCUCCUGUGGGCUUGUGUACGAGCAUGCUGCAGCGGAGGGGCCCCCUAUUGUCACCCUUCUGGACUAUGUCAUCGAGUACACGAAGAAACCCGAGCUUGUGCGGUCUCCCAUGGUGCCCCUGCCCAUGCCCAAGAAGCUGCGGUUCAACAUCACCCCCGAGAUCAAGAACGACAUCGAGAAGGCCAAGCAGAACCUCAGCAUCAUGAUCCAGGACCUGGAUAUCACCAUGAUGGUGUUCCACCAUUUUGGAAAAGACUUCCCCAAGUCGGAGAAGCUAAGCCCAGAUGCCUUCAUCCAGAUGGCUUUGCAGCUGGCCUACUACAGGAUCUACGGGCAGGCAUGUGCCACCUAUGAAAGUGCCUCCCUGCGCAUGUUUCACCUGGGCCGCACCGACACCAUCCGUUCGGCUUCCAUGGACUCACUCGCCUUUGUCAAGGCCAUGGAUGACUCCAGCGUCACGGAGCACCAGAAGGUGGAGCUGCUGCGGAAGGCCGUGCAGGCCCACCGAGGCUACACCGACCGGGCCAUCCGCGGGGAGGCCUUUGAUCGACACCUGCUGGGCCUGAAGCUGCAGGCCAUCGAGGACCUGGUGAGCAUGCCCGACAUCUUCAUGGACACCUCCUACGCCAUCGCCAUGCACUUCCACCUCUCCACCAGCCAGGUCCCUGCCAAGACAGACUGUGUCAUGUUCUUCGGGCCCGUGGUCCCCGACGGCUACGGUGUCUGCUAUAACCCCAUGGAGGCCCACAUCAACUUCUCCCUGUCGGCCUACAACAGCUGCGCAGAGACCAACGCCGCCCGCCUGGCGCAUUACCUGGAGAAGGCGCUCCUGGACAUGCGUGCCCUGCUGCAGAGCCACCCCCGGGCCAAGCUCUGAGCCCCUAGGACUCAGGCCUGCCAAUGCCACAGCCAAGCCCACCCUGGGAUGGGCCACCCACCAGGGCUCAGCUCCUUGGUUCCCUCUUCCUUGGUUCCCUCUUCCCUGGUUCCCUCUUCCCUGGUCCCCCCAAAUCUACUGAGCCACGGACCGCAUCCUCCAGGGGGCCUGCAGGCCCCAGCCAAGUGCCUUCCGUGGGUCAUCCCAGCACCUGCCAGGGCCCGACCUGGGGCUGAGUGCAGAGGCUGAGCAGGAUGUUAGGCCCGAGCCCCUGGCACGUCCUCCACCGGUGCCUCCUCUGGGGAAGGGAACCAGCCUUCCAGAGCAGGAGACUGGCAAGAGCUCUUUGUCUCACCAGCUCAGCCCCGGCCACUCCCUGCCAACUCCAUGACCAGGCCACCAUCUGUACCCUGCUUCCCAAACUCCCAGGACCUGGAGACAGGAUUGUCUGGGGCCGAGGGGCCAGGGUGUGAGGUUUCACCUCCGUGGCGGCUGUGCUCCUGUGGAUAACAUUGCUAGCGAGCCGCCUCUGGUUCCACUCAGCUUGGUUCCUGCCCCCGCCCUGCUGUAUGAUAUUAACGUGCAAGGUCAUCAAUAAAGGGGAAUUGUGUUGGUGAA